GGGAAGAGGGAAGAGAGCAUCUCAUUCAAUAGAGUUUCAUCACUCAACAAGCUGUCCAAAAUGGACCCCAGCUACACAACCCCCUCCACGUUACCUCUCAAGGACUCCCUGAACACAUGGAGCAACGUCUCCACCAACAACAGCACCCUAAAGUGCCCAGAGUCCGAGGCCUGGGAUUGGCUGUUCACCAUGCAGCCGGUGUUCAUGACCGCGGUCUGCGUGCUGGGCAUGAUCGGCAACGUGUUUGUGCUGGUGGUCUUCUGCUUCCACAAGAAGCCGUGCACCGUGGCCGAGAUCUACCUCAGCAACUUGGCGGCGGCGGACCUGCUGCUCCUCUCCUGCCUGCCCUUCUGGGUGGCCAACUGGGUGGCCGGCUUCCACUGGCCGUUCGGCGACCUGAUGUGCCGGCUGGUGAACGCGGGCAUCGGCAUGAACACCUACAGCAGCAUCUACUUCCUGGUGCUGGUGAGCGGGGACCGCUACGUGGCGCUGGUGCACGCCAUGUCGCACGGGCACCUGCGGCGGCCGCGCUACGCCAAGCUCAGCUGUCUGGCCGCGUGGGGUCUCGGCGUCUUGCUCGUGGUGCCGCAGCUGCACUAUCGCACGCUAUCGCACGUGUACAACGUCACCGCCUGCGUGCUCCGCUUCCCGAGCUUGAAGGCGCAGCUGGCCUCCGACGUCGUCAUCGUGCUGCUGGGCUUCGUGGUGCCCGUGUCGGCCAUCUCCUACUUCACCUACCGCAUCAUCCGCGCGCUGCAUGGCCAGCGCAUGGAGCGCUUCAACGCGGAGAACACGGAGCGCAAGGCCACGUUCCUGGUUCUGGCCGUGCUGAUGGCCUUCCUGCUGUGCUGGGUGCCCUUCCACCUGCACACCAUCGUGGACAUACUCUGGCACCUGGGCGCGGUCAGCGGAUGUCCCCUGGAGCACGCGCUGGACAUCUGCGGCCAGCUGUUCACCUACCUGGCCCUCAGCAACAGCUUGCUGAACCCCAUCCUGUAUGUCAUCGUGGGCAAGAACUUCCGCAAGAAGGUGCGGGAGCUGCUGAAGCAGAUCAGCCUGGGCAGGAGGACGGCCGGCUCCACCAAGUCACAGCUCUCCACCCUCAAGACCUUCGCCUCCAACUGACGAGUAGAGAGAACUCAUCGAGGGGAAUUCUCAGAGUAACAUUACAUGACAUUGCUCGUAGAAGAUGCUUUUUCUGAAAGGGACUUGAGUUCUCCAGGCACAGGGUAUUGAUUAUACAAUGAAACUUGGUGGCUGUAGGGCCUACUUCAGGCAACUGUUGCAUAGAGACAAGGAGAAGUAGGUGUAGGCGUGAUUAAAUAAAAAAAAAAACCAACUGUGGCAUACUGUAGUAUCUAAAUAUGGCAACGGGUUCCAACUACACCUGGCCUUGAUCAGGGCGUGACGCCAUGGAUGAGGGUGUAAAACACUUUCCACAUUCCGUCUACUUGUGCGGAAUUGAAACCUUUAACCCUCCAAUCCCAAGACCAAAAAAUUAGGUCAUGCCUGCCCCUUGAGGUAUAACACAUCUGUCAAAGCCCUUACAAAGUCAGAUGGUAUGGAAGAAAAACAUGUGAAUCUUUCACUUCAAUUCUUCAGAAAUAGUCAAUGAAAGUAAAGUAGGCCAAAAAUGGCUCAAAAAUGACGAUGAAAAUUAAAAAUGUUUUAUUAGCUUACUGGCUGCAUGCCAGUGUUGGAGGUGGAUGAUCCUGAGGUCUGCUAUGACAGAUAUUUAACACAACAAUUUUGAGUUAUUUAAGCAGCAAAACACCCUAUAUUGCACUGUACAGCAUUAUUAAAUAGAACAAAUGGUAUUAUUUGCAUUUAUCUGAAGGGAUCCUUUGUACGUACUUGAUCAUUAUUCUAAAAUGCCAUGUGAGGGGCUGGUUCUUGUCAUGAGUGGCACUCAGAAUAUACAAUUUAAAUGAACUCUUCUGUAUGACCCAGCUUCUUACUCCUCUUCUUCUUCCUGGAAAUGGAUGGAUGGGCCCCCAUGGUGGUUUCUCUCUGCAGCAUGGCCGUACCUACCAUUGAAGACACAGAGGUCAUGUCCUCUGUAUUUUUUUCACUAAUGUAAAAUGUAUCUAUGGAUGAAAACCGAUAGAUGAUCAACAAUGAUAAAUUCAGUCUAUAUACGCCACCCCAUUUAUCCUCAAGAAAGUGAUUAAUGAAAACAAAUUUAAGAGUUUGACUGAAGUGUUUGAAGAAUUCUAAAUGUACAAUAUGCAGUACAGCACGCAGUAUUUGACCUCGGUAUUUGAACAUGUCUGGUUACGGCCCUGCUCUGCAGCUCUGUUCUUCCUCGCCUGGUCUGGCACAUCUGGCACUCUCCAGGGCUGCCAGUUCAAGGGUCAGUGCACAUAAAAGCAGACUAACAGCCCACUCCUGCACACAGCACAGAGCGCCCCGCUGAACCCCAUUCCACUCUAUACUUACCUCAGGUCACUAGCAUUUGACAUCUUGCUUUCUGCAAUAGUAUUGUUUAAGUGUAU